AAGCAUCUCACUCCGCGGCGAGCCACUCUUUAAAAGACCACUGCUACUGAAACUUCUCCUCCCGCAACUGGAAGCAGGAAAAAAACCCUCUACAUCACCUUCCAUCAUGAGCGAGAGACAAGGAUCUGGAGCAGCUGCUGGCAGCAACAAGACAACCGAAGGACAAGAUGAUUCCAAGAUGAACGUCCCUGAGGACUUUGACAUCGACAUGGAAAACCCGGAGACUGAAAAGGCUGCGGUUGCCAUUCAGUCUCAGUUCAGGAAGUACCAGAAGAAGAAGCGCGUUGAGAAGUCCUAGUGAGCACCACGUCGCUCUGCCACUGUGUGGAGAGAUGGCAGGUGGAAGUGACAUCACAGUGACGAUGGUGUGAUAUUUGCAUGUACACAAAUUCAUACCUGUUGGAACUCUAGGGGGGUGGGGGGGUAGAGAAUGCAAUAGCCUGUUAAUCAAAUUACCUGUCUGUGAACUUUUCAGUUUCCUGUUAUUACUAUUAUUUAUUAUUAGACAGCUGUAUGGAAAAAGUAACAAAGUUAUCAUGAUCUGGUUUCUAUCCUAACAUGUGCUCCAUGUAUCAUGAACUGUAGGUGGUGUUUGUGUUAGAAUGUUUUUGUAUUUAUCCCAGUCCCCAUAGUCUGUACCAUCAUUUAUUGUACUGCUCCAUAGCAGGUUUCCUAAAAUUGCCUGUAAGUGUGUGACCUCAUGGAGAAAAGCUAAUGCUAGAUUGAAGGAUUUUUUUUUUUGCUUUCCAUCUUGAACAAAAUAUUUCACCCCGAGGGAUUUUUUUUUCUUACCUGCAUGGUACUAUCAAGCUGUGAAUAAAUAUAAUGAACAUUGAAUAAAUAAAGAAGUGUGGGAACCCUA